AUUUUAAGAUAUCUAUAACAUGUUUAUUUAAAAUUACAAUAUAGUCACAAAAACAUGGCGCUGUGUUAUAUGAGAUUGCUUUCUCGAAGAAGCAUUGAUCCUUGUACUUUUCGGAAUUUUUACACUUGCAGUUCACGAAAUAUCGCUGUCUCGAAACCUUUAUUUAAAGAAACUACAAUUUGUGAAACUCAUGAUGAAAAGAAUUUGCGCCUCAAGAGACCUUUGUCACCACAUUUGACUAUUUACCAAAUUCAAUUAACAGCAUUUCUUUCAAUUACACAUCGUACAACAGGCAUGAUAUUAUCAAGUUAUGCUAUGUUAUUUGGUAUAGGAACAUUACUCAUCCCAGGAGGUAUUCCUUGUCUCAUAGAAAUAAUCACAGAAUUAGGUUUAUCUGCUCCUGUUCUUUUCGUAGGAAAAACUUUACUUGCUUUACCUGCUACAUAUCAUAUAUUUAAUGGAUUGCGUCAUUUGGCUUGGGAUUUGGGAAUGUUCCUCACAAUUAAGGAAGUGUAUAGUACUGGUUAUGCAGUGAUUGCACUAUCAGCAAUUUCUGCUAUUGCUCUUGCUGCUAUAUAAAUUUAGAUAAUUAUAUUAUGUUGAUAUAACUUCUAUCAAAAAUUAAUUGUAUUAUUAGAUCAAUAAUAAUUUAUCUUGUACUUUG